AUGGACCACGCCUCGAACACGCCCAUCUGUCGCUCUGUACUGGCAUCCACAAUCGCGCUCCUUUCACUGCUGCCGUCCACUCCCACCUACUCUCCUGAUCGCUUCUCCGUAUCAGUAUGCCCUUCGACACCAGUCACUACGCCCACCCCAUCCUCGUCAAUCCCGUUGCUCCCCACGGACGAAUCCUGUUCUCCCGUGCAAUAUCCGAAAGAAGAUGGGAGGCUGCCUCUGAAGUGCGACAACUGCAUGGACAGCAAUUAUCCGUUGUGCACGCUCGGGUUGUUGAGCACUAUGGGAACCUUAGGUCCCAUGCACGAAGCAGACCCAAACAAGGCGUGGGGAUUCCUUGGGAGCGAGUGCGUUGAGCUCAGCCCGACUUUGAGUCAGCACGAGCGCAAGGUCGUAGAAGCGAUCGUCGACCUUUGGGCAAUGGCACCGGACACAUCUUGCUAUCAUAUCACGUCUUGGGCCGCGCAAGAUUAUGCAGAGGCUUUCAACAAGCCACUCGUGCGGUUCGAAAGUUUCAACUGGAGACUUGAAGAGACUCGCGAGCUGUUGCAAGAGCACUUACGCGACUUUGUCCGUCUGGUGAACCAUCACACUGAAGACUACCCCGGCCCAAGCCUCAUCCUAAAGCCGUUUGUUGAUCGAGAAGUAGCCAUGACUUUCGAUCCUUUGGACAACUGCCUUGGCGACCCUCACAACUACUACUACGACGAUGACGACAUACCAGACGACGAUCUUCCACCUGGACGCGAGUUUUGUCACGGGCGCCGACUCCAACGACUAGAGCGAGUGGAGAACACCGCCUGGGAGGAAGAGGAGGAGGAGCUCGAGCGCAUGGCUACAUUGCGGCCGUGGUUUCAUGGUUUCGUACCUAUUGUUUUGUAUUUCUACUCACGGGAUACUACACUAUCAAAACCUGCGACAUUCUUGUAUUACACCUCAGAUAAACAGAUGAGCGGGUUAGAAAUGCACGAUAAUUGCGUAGUUCCCACCGAACACAUUAGACAGAGGCAUGUGAGAGCGGCUGUCUACUGA